AUGUUGCUUGCUGAGCUGGAUGUCUUGCUUAGUUUUGCUGACCUGGCAGCUAGCAGCCCCACCCCUUAUACCACGCCAGAAAUCACACCUUCGGAUACAAGCGAUAUUAUAUUAGAAAACAGUAGACACCCUUGUGUGGAAGCUCAAGAUUGGGUGACUUUUAUACCAAAUGAUUGCAAACUUGUGAGGGGAGAGAGUUGGUUUCAGAUUAUAACGAGCCCCAACAUGGGUGGAAAAUCUACAUUUAUACGUCAGGUUGGUGUGAACAUUCUUAUGGCACAAGUUGGAUGUUUUGUUCCUUUUGAUAAAGCUUCUAUUUCUAUCCAUGACUUUAUUUUUGCUCGUGUUGGUGCUGGUGACUGUCAGUGAUACACAGUUACAUGGAGUUUCUACCUUUAUGCAAGAAAUGCUGGAAACAGCUUCAAUUUUAAAAGGUGCAACUGACAAAUCACUAAUUAUUAUCGAUGAAUUGGAUCAUGGAACUUCAACUUAUGAUGGAUUUGGUUUGGCUUUGGCUAUUUGUGAGCACUUGGUUGAAGUGAUAAAAGCAGCUACUCUAUUUGCUACUUACUUUCAUGAGUUUACCGCAUUAGCUCAUGAAAACUCUGGUCAAACUCUAUUUUGUUUGUCUUUUAAAUUGUCAUUUCUAUAUUUGGUGGAAUUGGGAUAAAUGGGGAGAAGGAAUUGAGUCAAUUCAAAUACUCCCCAAUACAAACAAAAUAGAGUUUGACCAGAGUUUCUAUUUCUUGAGUUAAAUGCUCCUUUCCUUUUAUAUUCCCUUUGAUUUUUAUAAGUUUUUAUAAUAAUAGUGAAUUUAAUAUCGAGAAUGAAGAUGAAACAUAAUUUGGCUAAGAUAUUCUAUCUUUGUUACAUUAAACUCUUAUUAAUUGUUUGUUUGCCUUAUUAUGUUGUUGACAGAUAUUUUGGCUUCUACAACGAUACAUGGAGAGC